AACCAAAACAACACCCAAAACCUCGUCCACACCAAAAUGUGAAACUCAAAAACCAAAACCACACAAAUCAGUUUUCUCUUUCUCUUUCUCUUUCUCUCUACCAUUAGAACCGAUCAGAGAGACAGAGAGAAGCUAAUUUGAUUAUGGCUGCUGCUUCACUUCCUGCAACAGGAUAUAAUCGAGGUUUGCUAGGAACUUCCUUCUAUGGAGGUUGGGGAAGUUCCAUCUCCGGCGAAGAUUACCAAAACUUGCUCUCCAAGACGGUUGCGCCGCCGCAACAGGUCCGAGUCUCACGGAAGGCCAUCAGAGCAGUUCCUAUGAUGAAGAAUGUUAACGAAGGCAAAGGCUUAUUUGCACCAGUAGUUGUUGUCACACGCAACAUAGUUGGCAAGAAGAGGUUCAAUCAGCUUAGAGGAAAAGCCAUUGCUUUACACUCUCAGGUGAUCACAGAGUUCUGCAAAUCGAUUGGUGCAGAUGCUAAACAGAGACAAGGGCUUAUCAGGCUUGCUAAGAAGAACGGAGAGAGGCUUGGCUUCCUCGCUUAGGUCUUAAAAAAGAACAAAUCUUUCUCGUGCUCUCUCCUCUGUAUACACUUCACCCUCCUCUUGUUCUUCUUGUCUAGAUGUAUUUUGUUCAAACCUAUAAUCUUGAUUUUUGUUACAUUCCCUUUGCGGUUACUCAAAAACACAUGACUGCCAUUCUCAUCUGAUA